GGAAAAAAACACUGAUAAAUUAUAUUCGAAAGAUAUAAUAUAUUCAAAGAAUUAUUUUCAAUAUAAAUCAAAAUAACUCGAUUGAUUUAACAUAUAUUAUACGAAUGGAAAAUAUUUAUUGAAAUAGAUCAAACUCUUAAAUAAAUAAAUGAAAUCUUAUAUUAAUAUAAUAAAUCAUUUCAAUGGUUAGACUAAUAUUGAUAGAAAUAAGAUUUUAUUCAAUUUAUUUAUUUUAAUUUAAUUGAGUUAACCCUUUGCUGGUGUUUUUUUUUUGUUAAAAAUUUUUCUAUAGUUUUAUAAUGAAAUUAUUUUAUGUUAUUAUUGUCGAGUUAAGAUAAUAAUUAUAUAUUAUUGUUUUUCAUUAAAAAAAAUCUUUAUUUAGAAAUAAAAUAUCAUUUGUUUUGAAGAGUAUUCAAAUUGUUAAAAAGAAUUUUUCAAAUUUAACCAAACGUUUUAUAUUAUUUAAAUAGAUUUAAAGAAUAGUUUCCAUAUUCGUAGAAUUCAAAAAAAACCAAACUUUCAUAUUAAAUCUUUGUUGUUAUUUUUUCAAGUCAAAAUUUAAAUAGUUAACUAUCUCCUUGCAUUUGGUCAGAAAUUCGUUAUUUAUUAUAUAAAUCGAUUUCUAGAUGAAUCUAUAUUGAUUAUCUUAUUAUAUAUAAAGAUUGACAGCGAAGAUUAUUUAUUAUUUUAAUAAUCUAUCCUAGAAACAUUAUAUUGACCUGAACAGUUUUGACACAAUUUAUUUCUCUCGACUGAACAAUCGCUAACAAAUGAUUAAUAUUUCAUCUGAUUCGAAUGUGUUUUAUCGAAAAUCUGUUUUUAACUGCUAGAUAGAAACGUUCUAUAAGAUGAAAUAAUGAUAAAAUAGUUCGAAUUAUCGAUUAAAAAUUUAUAAGGAAAUAAAUUUAAUCGAUCCUUAUAAAAACGUUUUGAAAAUAAAUUUAUUCGAAUAGGAUAUUUAUCGAUAUGGUUAAACAAACAAAAUUCGAAAAUAAAAAAUGAAAAUAUUUUUUUUUUUUUAUAUUUAUCAAUAUAGAAGUGAUGAUGUACCUGAUUAAUACAAUCAAGUUCGUUACAUUCCAGAUUCUUGUAAAGUAUUGUCUGAUCUUUGGAAAAUAAAUAAAGAUUUUGUAAGUUAAAUAAAAGUAUUGAUAAGGAUGUAUCAAAAUCAUUGAAAGAAUUUCGUUUGAUUGAUGUUGCACGUUGUUAUCGUUCUCCAUAUAGAACAAAUGGUACUUUAUCGAUUUUAAAUCAAACAGUUGAUGAUUUAAUUCAAAUACAUGACUUUAUUGAUUCAAAAUGA